AUGGCUUGUAUAUACAUAGAAAAUGACCUUAAAGAAUUACCUUCAAAAAAGGUGUACCAUAGUUUCGAAAAUGCAGAUGAUAAUUGUGUGCAUUCUCAUAAUUACGAUGGUGUAGCGCGUCUCAUUAAUAAUGAGGAGUGGCUUAAUGGUUAUCAUAAUAAAAUACGUAAUGUCUUAUGUUAUGUAUAUGAGAAAAAAUCCACAGAGCAAUUUAAUAGUACUGAGUGUGAUUACCUGUAUUUUUGGUUAGGCUAUGUAUUGCAUAGUGAUUUAAUAUAUUCAAUUAAGUUUAGAACCAUUAUGGAAACGCUUAAAUAUUUCCUAAAUAGUGUUGAUCUUGGGGGUAUUUGUACUUAUGAUAAUUAUUAUUAUAAUAUCGCUUUUGAUGAUUUUAUGGAAUUUAAGCUAUUAUUUGACUUUUCGAAAGACUAUGAUCAUCUUGAUAAACUUUUGAGUAAAGGUAACAGGAUUUGUAAUAGGGUAUUUAGGAAUUAUCUUGUUAAAUAUAUCAUAAUUUAUUACAAGUUCAAAAACAACUGUAAUACAUCAAAUAAUAAGGAUGUGCAUUGUGAAUUUUUUAAUACACUUUUUGGACGUAAGACUCAAGAAGACUUAAGAGGAUGGAAUUGUAUAUUAGAAGAAAGUAAUACUAAUCAUACAACACAGGAAAAGCAUCAAGAUAUUGCGCCACGGUCACCUGAUCAAGGAAUACAAAGAAGAGAGACAUAUACAAUUGUAAAUGAUGAUAAUCAAGGAAAACAGGUAAAUCAACCUGUAAGUCAAGAUGCAUAUAUGAAUGCAGAUUUACAAAAUUUAAUAUAUGAACUAUCGGAAGAUUCUCAUUUAGCAAAUGUGAAUACAAAAUUUAGCCCCCUUAUGAAUAUUUUAGAUAGUCCUUCAGCUAAUUCAACUUCAAAAAGUAUUGUCAUUUCUUCCUUAGUUAUAGGAAUUACAGUUUUUUCUAUUUUACUGUGCAAAUUUACUCCAGUUGGGUAUUGGUUAAAAAAAACCAUACAAGGAAAAUCUAAAAGGAAACGUAAUAUUAUAAUUGAUAGGAAUAUAAUAGAAGAUUACGCGAUUCCUGAAGAUUUAGACUCACCGAGAAGAUUUAAUGUAAGAUACAGUCAUAUAUAA